AUGGAAGAAGAAUUUCUAGCGUGUUUCCUCGUCGAUGCCCGAGGAGGAACCCUAAGAUCCAAGAGAAUUCCUGGCUUUCGUUUGAUUGUCCCGCCUAAUGCCGUGGAAAAGCCAACGCGGAUCUUCGCCAGAUCAUCCAACGCUAAGAACCAGCCGAAAUUAUUCGAUUGCGAGGCGGCCGCAACGCCGGUUAUUGAAUUGAGCCCGACUCUCUUCAAAGUCAAUGUCGUAUUAGACAUUCCCGUUCUUGGAGAGCAUCGAAGCAACACAGAAAUGGUUGUUCUCCGAUCAUCAAUGGAUUCUAAAUGGUAUCCGCUAGAGGAACAAGAGCUCGAUAUCGACGGCUUUGAAAAGGAAGAUUCUUCGUUACUGGAAAGCUGUGACUUCAAACGAUUGCGGCUCCAGAAACUUCCACAAUUUCUAUUUAUCCAUACGCGACCUCAAGUGGUUGCGCUCAAUGUUACACCAGCAGGCGGUACCCUCUCAGCAAUCGACGAACGCUUGCGCGUCACUUUUCCAGAAGGAGCACUGACAAAACCUACAACAGUUAUAGGUCAGCCCUUUCGAAAGAUACAGUCUUUUCCGGUGCCCGCAGAGGCGUGCCCAGCAGGAGUUCUGACGUCGCCAGUCCUGACGCUCGAGCCAAGAAGAAGGAGAUUCCACAGAACUGUAAUUUACAAUCUGCCUAAACCGCCUGAAAUCGGAAAUCUUGAUGAAUAUCACACACGUGUCCUAUGCUCAAUUACAGAGGGAAAUGAGCCGGUUAUGUGGAAAGAUGUUACCAACUCAGUCGAUAUAAUUUGGCACAAGGAUGUUGCGAUGUUCUCUGGAAAUGUAUCUGGUCGAUUUUGGCUCAUUUUCCUUGAGAAGGACUCUCCAGCUGGUAGCAUAGCUGAUAUCAUUCCAGUGGCCAACAGAAUUUAUUCCAAAAUUACGAAGACUCGUUAUCGAGCUGGAAUUUCUGCAAAAAUUACAUCCUCAAACGAUGUCGAGGUAAAAUUCAUCUCUAAUUCUUCCUCGUCCGUCGACCUGUGCCUCGGCGAAACGUUCUCCUGCGAACUUCUCAACGAAGAAAACCACGUGAUCAAAAGUUUCCACAAUGCAAUUCCGUUCAAACCCUUCCAAGAGCUUUCAUUCUCCCUCAAACAAUUUACUUCUUUCACACAACAGCUUCCAAAUUUCAAAGCCGAAAAUCAAGAAAAAGAAUCAAAAAUGAAAUCGGAAUCAAGGAAGAGUACUUCUCUCCAAACCCUCGGAAUUUUCUCCCUCGGCCUUGUCCUCCGAAUCGCAACUCUUUCCCUUGAUAUUCAAGAUCGGCCGGAAUUAAAUUCUCCUUCGCAGAGCUACGCACAGAUUUCUGAGGAAAGAUAUUCAGCUAAUCAGUCGUUUAUCGCCAAGUCAAUCAAGUAUAUUUUCCAGAAUGAUCUUAGCUGGGUUGUAUUUCUCGCGAUCGUGGAUUUUGUAACCUGCUUUGUUUUAUCGAAUAAAAUUGAGAAGGAUUCACGGAAUGAUGAAGAAAAGAGGAUUAUCAUUCUCGCGUGGUGCUAUCUGAACCCUUUGUCGAUUCUUUCAGCUGGUGGAUGCAGUGCUGGGAUCAUUUCCAAUGCUCUUCUGACAUGUCUCUGGCAUUGCUCGAUCAAUCAUAAAGAUGUCAUCGGAUCUUUACUCCUUGUUCUUUCCUCUGCUGAUCGGUUGUAUCCACUGCAACUCAUCGUACCAAUUCUGAUGCUCAAACAAGGAUUGCAUGCAAAAGCGAAAUAUUUGUUUCUCGUCGUUUUCUGGAGCAGCCUCGUUUGGUUUACAGUCGGAUCAGAAAUGUUCUCCAAUUGGAAUGUCAUCUUCAAUUUAACGAUCUAUGAGCCAGGCUUGAACUGCUCCUGGUACAUGUUGAUCGAGCUUUUUGACCAUUUCCGAGAUUUCUUCGUUCAAAUUCUUCAGGUAAAUGCCUUCUGCUACGUACUACCCCUUUGCGCACGAUACGAAACACCUGUCGUUUUCAAGUACCUGAUUCCUUUACUUUCAAUAAUUACUCCAUAUGCGACCCUCAGUGAUUUUGCUCUAUUGCUUCAAGUUUUACCACUUUUCGCGACCGGCAAAAGACGACUCUUUGGAAUUCUCGUCCUUGUUGUCUCCCUAGCGCUCUGUCCAGUCAUGUGGCAUUUAUGGAUCGUUCUUGGUUCAGCAAAUGCGAAUUUUUACUUUGCUGCUACUCUCGCUGUUGUCGCGGGAGCGGUGAUCCUCAUCACAGAUGGUCUUUUCGCAGAGCUCGUUUUGAUGAGUAAAAUCAUGAAAAUUGAAGAAGACUUAGAAAUUCGAGCUCCUAUCGUAAUCGGCGCAAUCGUCUGCAAACUCGAUCGCCACAAGAACAUUAUCAGAAGAGGAUACAUAGCAAUGCUGGCUGUAGACAAGCGCUACCGAAAACGCGGCAUCGGAAAAGAACUAGUCAGAAGGGCGAUAGAAGCCAUGGAUGCGGAAGGGUGCGACGAGGUCGUGCUAGAAACGGAAAUUACGAAUUUGGGUGCACUCCGGCUUUACGAGCGGCUUGGAUUUGUGCGUGACGAGCGCUUGUUCCAGUAUUAUUUGAAUGGAGUAGACGCUUUUCGACUGAAACUUUGGCUGCGCUAG